UAUUGUCUACGUUUAGCUGUGAUAAACAACAAUAAACAAAUACGUAGUAUAUAACCCGUAUCGAUAAAAUCCAGGAAGCUACCCACCAUUUUACAAUCAUUUUUUGAAGCAAGGCAGCUAGGAGAAGGACGCGUUACGACUUUUUCUCUUCCGAAGAAGAAAGACAUAAAAGGGGCAAUACUUCAUUACUCGUUCAAAUUCAAUUCUUCAUCUUCAUAUCUAUCAACAGUUUCGUUUUCUGUGAAAUUUGGAAAAGGAAGUAUAAUGGGAGAGCACAUGGUCUUGAGCAAUGAUCGCCUAAUAAGCCCUGAAUCUGUUAAAAUUUUGCAAAGUUCUGAGGCAUCCAGACCUUCAGGAAGCAGUUCUCUCUCUCAUAAUCUGGAUGAUCAAUCUGCAUUAGCUAUUGAUAUAAAGGAGGAAGACGAUGACGUGCUAGGUGAAGAAGAGCCGCUAAUUCAGUCUGUAGAAUGCCGCAUUUGCCAAGAGGAAGACGCCGUCAACAAUAUGGAAGUUCCUUGUUCGUGCAGAGGCAGCUUGAAGUUUGCACACCGCAAGUGUGUCCAAAGAUGGUGUGAUGAAAAGGGGGAUAUCACUUGUGAGAUAUGUCAUCAGCCCUACCAACCUGGAUAUACUGCCCUUCCUCGUCCCCAGUCUGAAGAUACUUCUAUUGAUUUUGGACCGGGGUGGACUGUUACUGGAGAUCAGCUAAACUUACAUGACCCCAGACUUUUGGCAAUGGUUGCAGCAGAACGCCAUCUUCUAGACGCUGACUAUGAUGACUAUGCUGAUUCAAGUGCCAGCGGAGCUGCUUUUUGUCGCUCUAUUGCUUUCCUUUUAAUGGCUCUCCUACUGUUAAAGCAUGCUCUGAGCAUUGGAAAUGGUGACGGAGACGAUGAUGACGUUUCUGCUAUUUUCUCUCUUUUUUUGCUUCGAGCAGCUGCUUUUCUUAUUCCAUGCUACAUUAUGGCUUGGUUUAUUAGUAUAUUGCAGCGUCGAAGACAAAGACAGGAGUCAGCAGCAGCGUUGUCAGCAGCAGAAGUAGCAUUUAUGCUGCAGGCAGGGCAGCACAGAGGUUUACACUUCGCAAUAACACCACAGCCUGCACCAGUUCCAGCCCCAGCCCCGCCGCCGGUGACUGCUAUUGAAGUGCCAAGUGGCAUUAGUGAGCAAGUAUGAGUGUUACUUUGUUUUCUUUUCUACUGCUGCUUAUGCACGAGAAGUUCUACCAAAUGUCACAUCUUUAUCAGAAAUUCUAUGGAACUUGUAUGAUAUUACGUUUUAUAUUCGGCAGAUUAAAAUUUCCCCAAAUGCCUGGUACCCUGAUAUUUAAAUGGGAUUAUAUACAAUGCAUCCAAAUAUAAUAAACUCUAUUGUAAAUUUGAAUAAGUCUAAAU